AUGGCGGCCACCGCCCGGCCCCGGGCCUCGCCCGGCUGCAGCGGCGGCGCCGUGAUCCUGGCGCUGGCCGUGGCGCUCUGCGCUCUGGCCCCUGCCCGGACGUCCAACCCGCUCUCGCCCGCCGCGCCCGCCUCUGACUGCGCCGGCAAAGGCAAGGCGGGCAGCAACUGCUCAGAAUUAAAUGUAAAGGAAUCGGAUGUGAGAGUAUGUGAUGAAUCAUCGUGUAAAUACGGGGGCAUUUGUAAGGAAGAAGGAGAUAGUUUGAAAUGUGCAUGCCAAUUUCAGUGUCAUACGAAUUAUAUUCCUGUUUGUGGUUCAAAUGGAGACACGUACCAAAAUGAAUGCUUCCUCAGGAGAGCUGCUUGCAAACAUCAGAAAGAUAUCACAGUGGUUGCUAGAGGGCCUUGUUACUCAGAUAACGGCUCUGGGUCUGGAGAAGGAGAGUAUGAAGGAUCCGGAACUGAAGUUAAUAGAAAACAUUCCAAGUGUGGAGUUUGCAAGUAUAGGGCUGAGUGUGAUGAAGAUGCAGAAAAUGUUGGGUGUGUCUGCAACAUAGACUGUAGUGGCUACAGUUUUAACCCUGUUUGUGCAUCUGACGGAAGUUCUUAUAACAACCCAUGCUUUGUUCGAGAAGCGUCUUGCCUGAGACAAGAACAGAUUGAUAUCAGACACCUUGGACAUUGCUCAGUCUCCGAUGACACUAGCUUAUUGGGGAAGAAGGACGAUGGAAUGCAGUAUCGGCCAGAUGUGAAAGAUGCAAGUGAUCAGAGAGAAGACAUCUACAUUGGAAAUCACAUUCCUUGUUCAGAGAGUCUCAGUGGCUAUUGCAUCCAUGGGAAAUGUGAAUUCAUUUAUUCCACGCAGAAAGCUUCCUGCCGAUGUGAAUCUGGAUACACAGGACAGCACUGUGAAAAGACGGACUUUAGCAUACUUUAUGUUGUCCCGAGUAGACAAAAGCUCACACAUGUCCUCAUUGCAGCAAUAAUUGGAGCCGUCCAGAUUGCCAUCAUUGUUGCAAUUGUUAUGUGCAUAACCCGGAAAUGCCCAAAAAAUAACAGGGGACGGCGGCAGAAGCAAAAUCUAGGCCACUUUACUUCAGAUACAUCAUCCAGAAUGGUUUAGCGUGAUUUUUAUACCUACAUUGACCAUGUGAUGUACAAUUUUAUUAUCUUUUUUUAAAAGAAUGGAAAUAUUUAUUUCAGAGGCCUUAUUUUUGGACAUUUUUUUUAGUGUAGGUCUGUUUUGUUUUACUCCUGAAAGUAGCUGACAGCUAUGGACUGCUCUAGUAACCUCUCAUUUCAUGAUUUGGAGAAUACGGUAGUUUAUUUCUUGUACUUGUAUCACAUGGUUAUAAUAAUAGACUUGUGCUUUACUCAUGGAAUGUAACAUUUUUGAGAACUGAGACAUUUCACCAAUGGUUGUAGUACAAACAAAUGGAAUCCAUCAUGUUUCCUAGCAAACAAGGCAUGACCUAAGGGUAAAGAUGUUUACAGCAUACUUUUCUUACAAGGAACUAGAAGACACUGUGUUUAAAUACCGUAGAUAUUUAAAUGUUUUUGAAAGUUAGUAACUGACUUUUUUAGACACUGCCAAUCGCAUGAAUCGUGAAGAUGUGUACUUGUGUGUAGUUGUAACAUAUUUAUAAUGGGUUUACUUCAGACUAAGUUAGUUGCACAUAGUUCUCAUUGAAAUCAAUGGGACACGUUUAUUGUGACUUAAAUCCCACUGGUUUUAAUGGAAAAUAAAUGCAACUAGCUUAUAAUGCAAUCCUGUACAUAUCUACUCAUAUGUCAGCCCCAUUGGGUUUGAUAGGAAUUACUCCCAGGUAAGUGUGUAGAGGAUUGCAAUCUUAGUCUGGAUCCAGCCCAAUAUGUACGGAUUGGGUUGGAGCACCACCGUCUUCAUAAAUAUUUGACACUUUAUUUUUAAAUUGUAAAAUAAUAUACAUUUCAUAAUUUGAAAGAUUGCCCAGUAGAGCAGAGGGCAUUUGUCCUGGAGAAACAAGUCUUGGGAGACUUGUGAAUUGUUUUAAAAAAGAGAGUUAUGUUUAAUAAUCAAACUCACAUGAUUGGGAUUAAGCCUGUGUUGGUCGCUGUUUAAAACUGCUUUCAUACUUACUACAGUUUUCUAAAGAAGCUACCUGUUUUCACAUCAACAAAUACAAUUGUAUAGUCUUUGUGAUUAAAAUGCAAAAAAAGAAAAAAAAAUUAAAUACCAUAAAAGAUUUGUGCUCUUGUCUAGAAUAUUUUCAAGAGCUAAGAAUGUGUCUCAUCGAAAUAAAGUCUGCUGGUUGUAGUUAUUAUAUUAAUAGAAUGUUAGUAGUUGUUUGGAAGAUCCAGAGCUAAAAUGUAACUAGGGUGUGUUCCAGCUGUUCAACAUGUAGUUUUAGGCUUUCCAAUUCUGCAUGUAGGAUUUAAUAAUUUGUUCAAUAAAAAGGCUUUCAAUAUUUGAACU